UUUACUUUUGUUUUUAAAAUUCAAGAUAUUUAAGCGGACAUUCACAGUCAUUCAGUCAUUUACAAAUCUGGGAGAUACACAGAUCGUACAGAAUUAUCAUGGCGGAUCUUGAUAUGGAACACCGAGAUCCUAACGCUAUGAACGACCAUGUUAAGGUCAUGUUUGAAGACGUUUUGGCAGAGCCAGACGGAGCCCAUAGCAUUGACUGCGUUUGGAACCUCAGCUAUAAGUGCUUCAACGGGGGAAAAAAUUGUUGUUAUAAGUUACUGACAACCCUGUGUGGUCUGUGUAUUGCUUUACAGUGGGGAUGUACGUUUGCACAACUUACAUUUGGACAGGUUUGGUGCUUUACACCUGGAUUAAGAUUUUGCUCUAUUUAUGCUGGUUGUUGCCAGAAAGUUAUUGGUAUCUUUGUAUCAUGCUGCAUGGCACCAUUCUGUGAAACAUGUGGGCUACUGUUCAGUAAAAUAAAUAUUACAAAAAGUUAGCAACUUAUCUCGAAAAUAAAUUGUAUGAACUUUAAAGAAAAAGAAAUAUUUAUUUUUGUACUGUCAUUAUGUUAUCACAAAAACAAUAUCAACGUAAAGUUUGUAUGUUAAAAUCACUUAUUUUGUUUACAAGAUUUGUGUAAUACUUGUUUAUGUUUACUUUUUAGUAAAAUGGCAUUAAAAGAUA